AUGAGGAAGACGUGCCAGGUGUGCAAGCAGAAGCUGUAUCAGUAUGUGUGUCCCUCGUGCGAAAUCGUCUACUGCAGUCUGGAAUGCUACAAAAAGCACAAUGACGAAUGCGUGCACAAUUUUCUAGACAACCAAGUGAAAGAGAAUAUAAAAAAUAAUGAGCUAACCGAUUUUCAGAAACGAGAGUUCAAGUUCAAGCUGAGGAAAUUUUACGACCAAGGAGCGGGGGGCGCAGAAGAGGAAGACGAUGAGGAGCAGGAAUUCGCAGAUAGGGAAGUAGCGGGAACAGAUGAUGAGGAGGGAGAGGGACCCGUUGAUGGGGAUGAAGAGGAACCCGCUGAUGAGGGAGCCCCAGGAAAGGAAGAUCCAGACAAAGAAGGGCUCGAUGCGCCUCCCACCUCACCGCGCAAUGGACACAUGAAAAAAUGGUGCAUUAGCAACAAACGGUACAAGGUGUUGACGGAGUUGGCCAAGAGCGAUCAGUUGAAAUUGGACGACCUGACACAAACGGAGCAGAAGCAGUUCUUCUCAUUCCUAAAGAGUAAUGACAUGAAUGCAUAUUUGCCCAAGUUCCAACCGUGGUGGCUAAAUUGUGUAAUCAAGAAGGUACAAAUACCUGAACACAUAUGUUGUAAUAAACAUGUCAGUGAAAAUGUCAAGUUCAUGAUAAUAGAAAUUGUCUACUCCUAUUGCUAUUUAUUACGCAUUUUUAAUGAAAGCCUUGACAGUAAAGAACUGUGCUACUGUUUUCUUUACAUGGCUAGCUCCAUAAACAGAUUUAAUCUGCCCGAAAAUAACGUAUACAGCACAGUAAACAAUUUAUUUCAGAGGAUCCUCGAAAAUGAUGAAAUCGCUCGUGAGAAAAGUAUACUGUACAAUGUCGUAACAGAUGUUACGACUAUCUUAAAACUAAAAGAACUGUUACUUCGAUGUUUGUAUGAAACAAAAAAAAUUUUUAAAAAGCAAAUAAAAAAAAUAAAUUGCAAAAAAGAUAAAAUGGCUAGUAGUCUCAAUAGCGUUAAAAAAAUGGCUGAACUUUUACAGGAAGAAAAGCAUUUUAAAUAUGUCAAUAAAAAAAUUACCUUUCUUUGUAGCUACGCCAAUUACCAUUAUGAUAUGUUUGACUCCGUGACAAAACAACUGGACAGAUUCUACAGUGAGCAAUGCAGGGGGAUGUCUCUUGCGUCCAAUGAGAAAAGAGAAAUUGUACUUUCCAAGGAGAUACCCUAA